UUCUUAUUCACGCCACUUGACUGGAGAGACUUAAAGAUCUGCAGGAGGACACAAACACAUUUGGUGGCAGAAUUAAAAAAUCUUGGAGAAACAGGUCUCACCACACAACAUGCUCCUCUUGAUCUUUCUGGCCGCUGUUUCCUCUGCAGCUGAUUUGACUCAAUGGAAAGUCACUUAUGAGCCGAUGGCGAUCUGCGCACUGGAGGGAUCAACUGUCAGGAUUAACUGCACAUACUGGUAUCCAGCAGGCAUUACUGUUCACAGACAGCUGUGGUAUUAUGGUCCUGAUGCAAACAAGGUGUUUUAUGAGGGGGAAACAAUUGUGUACCAUACAAAUAGGAGCAAAGUGUCCAGCAGAGACAGAAAAAGAGUCCAGUUCUUGGGGAACAAAAACCAGACUUGUGAUGUAAAGAUCAGCGACGUGAGCAGAAUGGACAGCGGCUACUACAAGUUUAGAGUGGAGGGAACCGAUCAAUAUACAUAUGUGCCAGGAGCCAAAGUGACAAUCACAGGUCUACAGGUUGAAGCUUCAGCAAGCAAAGUAAAAGAAAGGGACACGGUGCGCCUGAGGUGUGCAACAAACUGCAGUCUCACCAACAGCGACUUCUCCUGGUUCAGAAAUGGACGACCUUUAAAUGAAGUCUCGGCCACACUUGAAAUUCAGAACGUCACCUACAUGGACCACGCUGGUUACUCGUGUCAGACUGGAAACGUCGCGUCACCAGAAUUUCAACUGAACAUCCAGUAUGCCCCCAAGAACCCAGUCAUUACAGGUCAGCCCACCACUGGUAUUGAAGAAGGGAAAUCAGUGACUUUAUACUGCAAAGACUUGGCAAACCCACCCAGCAGCUACACCUGGAUCAAGGAGAACAGCAGCCAUGUCAGAUCAGGAGAACAACUGCACAUCAGCAAGGUUACGUCAACUGACACCGGCUCUUAUCACUGCGAAGCUAAAAACAUCUAUGGAAGUGCAAAGUCUGCAGCUGUCAACCUGAUGGUUAAAGGAAGAAUCGACUGUUCCAACAACAUGGCCAUGACUUAUGCAUUUUAUGCUUUAUUGAGCUUUGUCAUCCUGGCCGGGUUUGCUCUGUCAGUUUUCAUAUUUCUAAGGAAAAGGACCGAGAAGACAAACAAACAAAAUUUUGUCAUCACAGGAAGACGAGAGGUGUGCUUACAGUUUCUGUUUUUCACCUUCUUUGAAGAAAAAACAAAGCAAAUACUGGGAAAUGUGCAAAUCUCACACAGGCCACGAUUUGAAUCCAGAGAUUUAAAUUAUAAAUACAAAUCUAAACACACAACUAUCAAAUGGAAGGUAACAAUUCAAACACCAAAAUAUUCUUGUCUUCCCCCCUCUCUAUUAAAACCAAAGGGGUCAGGGCCUCCUCAUUACUCAGAUUUGAGUAAGUGGGGAGCCACUUAUACACCACAGCAGAUCUGUGCGCUUGAAGGAUCGACUGUGAGGAUUAACUGCGCGUACAGACAUCCUUCAUAUGUUUAUGUUCAAAGAGAAAUGUGGUUUUAUGGUCCUUGGGACUACCAGAAAACGGUCGAAGGAGAAACCACAGUGUAUCACACAGAUGAGCAGGAAGUGUCCAUCAGUCACAUGAACCGAGUUCAGUUCUUGGGGAACAAAAACAAAAGGUGCUCCAUAAAUAUCAGGAACGUGAGCAGAGAGGAGAGCGGCUACUACAAGUUUAGAUUUGAGGGGUCGAGUUUUAGUCAACACUGGACUGAAGUGCCGGGAGUCAGCGUGACCAUCACAGGUCUAACGGUUGAAACAACAGCAAAGAAGGUAACGGAAAACGACUCAGUAACCCUGAGGUGCAAAACCAGCUGCAGUGUUUAUGACAGCAUCUCCUGGUUCAGAAAUGGACGACGUUUAAAUCACAACUUAUGGGAGUAUCGCAUCAGCAGUGUCUCCUAUGAGGACCACGCCGGUUUCUCUUGUCAGAUUGGCAAUGUCUCAUCCCCAGAGCUUCUACUAAAUGUCGAGUAUGCCCCCAAGAAUGCAUUUAUCACAGUUAAGCCCUCUACUCAUAUAGAAGAAGGGGAGUCAGUGAUGUUACAUUGUAAAGCUUUGGCAAACCCACAUGGCACCUACACCUGGGUCAAGGAGAACACCAGCCAUGUAGGAACAGGGGAGCAACUCCACAUCAGUGAGUUUAACAAAAGUCACCAGGGUUCUUAUUACUGUGAAGCCACAAACAACUAUGGGAUGACAAAGUCUGCUGCAGUCCAACUGACAAUAAAUGAAAGUACGAAUGGUUCAAAGAAAAAGAAUUAUCUUCCAUAUCUUCUGUAUUCUUUAUUGGGUGUUGUCAUCCUAGCAGGACUGGCAUUGGCAAUUUUUGUAUGUCUAAGAAAAAGGACCAAGAAGACAAAGCAGCAAAACGGAGACGUCCAAGGAAGAAAUGAGACUACCAUAAGUCCCAUCUAUGAAGACAUACCCAAUGCUGAACCUGCUCAACAGAACAAAGAGGAAGACGAGCAAACUUUGAACUACAUGUCUGUGCAGUUUAAAUCUCACCCUAGCAAAACAAUGCAAGACAAAGAAGAGGAAGAAAAGACAGCAGACAAUGAUGGAGACAUCAUCUACACAGCAGUAUUCAUAAAGCGAUAAGGUGUGUGUGUGUGGCUGUCUUUGAACUCCGACAGCAGAGGCUGCGAUGAACGCAGCUGGAUUGUUGGCUUCUGUGAAGUGACUGCAUUGAUCAACGAUGAUGUCUGCAAUCGGACAAAUAAAAUAUCUUUGUGACCCUCUGAGGUGUACGUGACCAGCGGCCAGCUGUGACCCCACAGGUCAGCCAAUAGACCAAGCAGAUCUUAAGGACGUGGGCACUUUCAGUGGAUUUCUUGACAGAAAGAGUAAGAUCAACAUUGACAUUCAUGCACAGGGGCCAACGAGGGGACUUUCUCUGUCAUAAAUGAAUUAGUAAAAUACUGAAAAGUGGGAGAAUCCUUGAAUGGGAAGAGUUUGGACUUUGCAUAAAAUAUACUAAAAAUACAUUUUGGAUACCAGGUGACAUUUCCUGUCUUUUACUAAAAACAUUAAAUAAAGUUGGAUGUUCAGCUGAA